UCUACUGUCCGAUAUUGUAGCACGCUAACUUUGUUUGGGCUCCUGAACGACACGGGGGAGCAGCGUCUGCCUCACAACCAAUCAGGUCGGGGAGGUGGAGAACGGCUUUGUUUACAGUCAGAAAGAGCGGACCGCUCAAAAAUGUUCAAAUGUUGACGACACAGACAUAAGAGAACACAGAGAUAUCGUUAUAUUCCCAAAUGUCAUCAAUAACUAACACACUAUUGAGUGAUAUUAAAAGUUUUUUUGUAAAUACACCACAAAAAAAGAUGUAAUCCUGCCUACCGCACCUUUAAAACAAUAUAUAUAUAUAUAUAUAUAUUGUAUAUGCUAAUUUGAACUUCUCUGAUCUUGAUGUUGUUAAAAUCACCUCCUCUGUCUCUGUUUCUGUCUCUGUUUCUGUGCAGAAAGCAGACCUGGCCGUCGCCGGCUUCACCAUCACCUCAGAGAGGGAGAAAGUGAUCGAUUUCUCCAAACCCUUCAUGACGCUGGGAAUCAGCAUCCUCUACCGCGUCCAUCUGGUAAACUCACCGAUCUAUCUAUAUUUGUUUCAUCCAAACUCAGACUGUUUUCCAAGACAAUCCCUCACAUCCAGACUUGUUCGAACAGUCAGAUUAUCCAAUCAAGUGCAGGAGAGGAUCUAGUGUUGAAAUAUCUGAGUUGUGGAUGCAAACUUCAGUUUUUGCCACAGUGUCAACAAGAAAAAGUAAAAUGCUCUGAAACUAUCUCCCCUGUGUGAUCUGCUCGUCUCUGGUGAGCCGGUGAAGAGUUUAGAGGUCUUAACAAGUGCAAAGAGUCAUGUUGCAUUAUGGGAUUGAAAGUUGUUUAAAAUAAUUUGUGAGAACCCAAAUUAAUUCUGAAGUCAAAGUCCAGCCGUGUUUGAAUACUUUCCCUUAGUUCAGACCGUCAGAGCAGAGAGUGGCUCUGAUUUAAUAGUUUUAAUUUGCCGAGCGCUCAUUAAGAGUUUUACUCCCUCAUAAAUAAAAGCAGAGUGUUUAGUUUUUAAUUCCACUCAUCAUCAUCGCCGCGUCUGUUCACAUUAUUCAGAGCUGCUGUGGAAAGAGGAGUGAACUCUGUGGAGUCCUCUUAGAAACCAGAUAAUUCCUGCAUUAUUAAAAACACAGCUUCGCUCAUCACUUUGUCCUUAUUUUCAUAAACUCUCUUUGUUUUUUUAAUCAAGUGAGACUCAUGAGAAAGCUGCCAAAGCGAGACAACUUUAGUCCGUUUAUGGAUCCUUCAGGAGGGUCUGGAGUCAGUAUUCAUUACGGCUCCAUUUUCUGAUGUUGGUUUGAUUUCAGAUGAAAACUUUCCUGAAGAUUUAAACUCCCCAGUACAGCAGUCAAAUGUCAGUUCGAUCAAGGUGAUCAGCUGUGAGUAUAUUUACUCAAUUAAACAUGGCAGAAAUGUGCAACACAACAGCCAAUUAGAGUUAUUGACGGAGAAGUAAACAGACUGACCGAACGUGGAGCUAAAUGCAGAGCUGGGGGCAGCGAAAGAGAUGUCAGCCGUGACUUUGAGUCGUCCUCCAAAGAUGCCAUCGUUCAGAAGAAAACUUAGUCAACGUCGGUUGUGUGGCGGUGGUUCAGGUAUCUCCAGAGUGACGUUGAGUAAUUAAGCCGAUAUUUACGGUAUGUUGAUGGUCAGUGCCUCAAAAACAGGCAACACAACAGAUCUGUUUAAUCAUUUGAAGAAGUUCUUCCCGAGUGAUUAUGUGGAAAACAUGAAAAUGUGGGCGGAGUCUGUACAGCCUGUCACUGCUGAGGGUACAGGUAGCAUUAGCAGUUUAGCUACAGCUAGCGGUGCAGCCACCAGACCAAAGCAGUGAUCAAUCAUAUCAUCUACGUUUGCAUCAUCUAAUGUUUACAUUUUAAAGCGUCUUCAUUAUCUCUGAGGGGACAUUUGUUAAUUUUACCUGCAAAUACACUGUAAACUAGUUCACUGUAUUAUUCAGUGUUUAUAGACAUUUGUUGUUCUGUUGAGUUAAAAUGGGUUUUAUAUUUUUCUAAGUAUAUUUUAUUCAAUUUGCUUUGUUUUUUACUUUGUACCCGCUGUGCAAUGCGACAUGGAAAUGACAUCUAUUUAACAUAUUUUUUGACGAUGAGAUACAAAUGUGGACGUAAUUUCAAGCUCUAGAAGAGGUCCAAUAAUGACGUCUAACUCUUGGAUCCAUUUUGCACGUUGUGCCGACGUCUAGAGUUGGUCUUUGACGGACUGACCCAAUACUGACUUGAUCUGCAUUAAUAUCAUGAUAUUAAUCGAGAUCGGACGAUAUGACAAAAUAUAUUGUGAUCUUUUUUUUUGGUCAAAUCUCCCAGUCCUACCUUCACGUGUUCACCUCCACCGGUCUGAGCUGAGUUUGUGCAUCCUCCAGAUCUCACACUAGAAGAAAGGAUGCAUAAGAAGAUGACAGAGUCUGUGUCUUUAUGUUUUCUGGUUAUAAACUAUCUUUAUAACAGAUCCAGGUGUCUGUUUAAAUGCUUUAGUAUGGGGUUUAUAAGGUCGUAUCUGAAGCAGCAACAGUGUCUGCAUUAAGCUGUGAGUAAAAACCUGGCCUCAGGAGUGUUUGUUGUGGUCUGGAUGGAUGUUCCCGGUGUAGAUGAUGGUUGAAUAUAAAAUCUGAGUGCACAGCUGUGCAGCAGUUUGUUGUUCAGCUCAGCAGGCCGUUUGUUUUCCUCUGAAUAAGACCUUAAAGGAUCUGAUAAAAACUUGUUUAACUUCUCUGAUUUGCCUGCGGAGGAAAAACAAACUAACAAAUGUUACAGCCGAGAGUUUGCACCUGUUGACAUUUCCUGUCCGUCUCCACCGCUCUCUCCGUCUGCUCGCUGAUUUGAUGAAUUCAGAGAGAAAACGCUGCAGUCACAACAGCAGCAGCCGCCGCCUCCUCAGCUGCUCCGAGCUGGAGGCAACAACAAACCCCCGCCUGCUCGGGUCAGGCAGUCAAACUGUGAGUUCAGGACUAAGAAACAGCAAAUAUUCCUGAGACCGGAGAGAUCACAGAGGGCGGGGGGAGAGGAAGAAGAGCCGAGGACACAGACAGAGGGCAUGUUUCUUCUUCUGUGGUGGAGGAAAGAGGGUGUGAGGCAGGCAGGGGAAGGUGACAGGAGCGUCUGAAUGAAAAAUAUGAGUUUUUCUGCCUCUGAGGGAGGAUGGGUGAGUCUGCCUCCCUGACUGGAAUACGAAACACGAACGCUGCUCGACUACACUUCCUGAGAGUGUGACAGAGGCCGGCUCAGGUUGGAAGUUUGGGUGAACAGACUGCUAACAGGCCAGCAGGGACAUUUGUAUAUUUGCAUAGCAGACAGGGUAAGGACAGCAUGCUAACUGUGAAAACUGAAGUCACAAGUGAGCAACAAUUAUCGCUGCUUUGGAGGAACAGGAGGAGAGAGGAGUUCAACUUUGGACAGUCGAUGUUUGCUUUCAGUCUGCGAGUUUGCUACUCGGGUGAAUAAAUGAAGACGGGGAAGAAAAGCAAUGAUGGACACAUGACAAGAACAAAUACCUGAGAAUAUGACGAAAUCCAAACAAAAUCUCGGCAAGAAGCUGCGUGAAGCUGCAGCCGUCUUUAAAACUGCAUCCUUUCCUCUGUAUAGAGAGUCUGGAACGUGAAAUCAUGUUCAGAUCAUGUGAGGAUUUGAAGUUACUAUGACAGCAGCUGUAGACCGAAGAAGUGACUCUAACCUGCACUCUGUCUGAUGGACAGCAGGGGGCGACACCACUGGUAUCCAGUAUUGUGUUGUGUCAGUUUAUCAUGUCACAUUACCAUCUGUUGGAUUGUAUCAGUUUUAUCAUCUCAUUGAGCAACGUCAUAUCAUAUCAUAUAUUAUAUUACAUCAUAGCAUAUAAUGUAUUGUAUAUUAUACUUUUUCAUCAUAUAUUGUAUUUUAUCAUGUCAUAUAUAAUAUCAUACGUAUUGUAUUUAAUCAUUCUGUGUCAUAUAUUACACCAUAUUAUAUAUCAUUUCGUAUCAGAUAUCAUUUAUCAAUUAUCAUAUAUUGUUUAUUAUAUCAUAUCGUAUCUUAUUGUUUUGUUUCUUAUAUCGUAUUGAUAUAUUGUAUCAUAUCAUAUAUGAUAUCAUAUCCUAUGUCAUAUCAUUUUUGUAAAGAUAUUGUUUUGUUUAAUGUUGGUUUGAACUACUGAACUAUGUUUCCAUUUAUAUUUCACAGUAAAAAUAGGGAGGGUGAGUUUAUACGUUCGUCUCUUUGUCUGCCAGAAAGUCUUUAGCGGUGUGCUUUGUAAACAGAGUCAGUAAAUGACUCAGAGAUACAUCAGAGGAGCUUUUACAGCUUCAGUGUUUGAAGUCGGCGUCAGUCAGCAGCAGCUGGUCCGAGCAGUGCGAAUGUGAUUUUAAUGACAAUAAAUGUUAAUAAAACAUUUAUUUAAUUAGUCGUUAAAGCAUAAUGAUGCGUCUCCUCUGAGGACGGCUGAUGAUGUGCUGCAGCGAUACUGUACAUCUGCAGCUCAUCAGUAUUCACCUCCACCAUCUGUCCUCUGCGUUUGAUCCUGGCCACUGUGAUCCACUCAGCAUCAGUCAGCUGUUUAAUGUGAGAGCAGCCAGAGUGUCCUCACCACACCGCAGAGUCACACAGACUUCCUCUGAAGUGUUGCUUUAAGGAUUCAGUGGGCAGAGAGCACAUUUUCACCCUCUGUUACAGCCUCAGUCUGAUUCACGCUCACUGACGAGAUCUUGAUCUGAGAUGUCAUAAAUUCGGUCCUCUGAGCUCUUAUUUAGUGCAGCUUUAGUGACGAUCACACACAGAGGACAGACAGGCUAACAGGCCGUGCAGAGGAGAGUCACACACACACACACACACACACACACACACACACACACACACACACACACACACACACACACACACACACAUAAAGUACAUACACACACACACCGUCUGAAGUUUAAAACCCUGUGUAAAAAAAAAAAAUGUUCCUGAAUUAUCAGCCAAAAUAAAAGUUUAAACAAAAGUUUAAGUACUCAUUAUGCACGGUGGCCUUUCAAAAUAAAUGUCAUAAAUACUGCAGAGAGCUGGGAAAGCCGAGGCUCAUUUAAAGGACUUUUUAUUGUGCUGAAUAUUUCAGCCUGAGGCAUAAAUAUUUAUCUGUUGGUUUUCAUUUUGCAUUUUUAAAUAUAAUAAAAACACAGAUUUUUAUUUCGUUUUUGUACAAUAUAAAGCAGCAAACAGUUAUUCAAAAACAGCAUUAAAAAUUUCACUGAAUAAAGAGAAUCAAUUUUGAAGGAAAAACUUUAUUUAGGCAUGAGAGAUUUUCUAUGACCGAGUGAGGGUCUGAAUCUUUAGAGCUGGGAUUUCAGGUUUGGGUUAAUUUGGCUAAAGAAUUUGAAAAGCUAUAGAGAAAUAAUUAAUGAUCAAAUAUCCUUUACAAGUGAGUCAAGUGGUCAACUGAGUGUCAUCAGCGUAACUGUGGAAAGAGAUGUCGAGGUAACUCAUACAAUUCAAAAUAUAAAGGUCCUAGAAUUGAUCCUUGCGGUACUCCACCGCUCAUUAUCGCUUUUAAAUCAGUUCUCAGGCUGAAGUUUUUUCUUUUAAGCUUUUCUUUCAAUUACUGAAACCGGAAUAAACAGGAGCUCACCUGGAGGCAAGUGAGUGAGGAGGUCGGAUUACCUCGGACUAGGGACCACCGUUGGAAUUACUAUUGACACGCAAAUUAAGCGAGUAAAUACUAUUCAUUAACACAUCUAAAUUUGUGCAAAUUAAGCGAGUUGAUGAUUUUACUCGCGCUUGGUGUGAGCGCCCCAUUAAGCCUAAAUGGGACCAUAAUUUACUAAAUGAAUAUCAGACCAUAAUUCAUUACAGAAACGUCCACUGAAGAAGAAAUCAACCGAGAUGUAGAUUUACAUUUGCCCCCUGCUGGACAGUAGUAGAUCUGCAGGUUUAAGAUGUCACUAAGCUGUCUCUAGGUCCAAACCCAAGAGGUUGCUUUUGUUGUAGCUGAACUUUGAGGUGUUUUCUCUCUGUCGUCCUCUCAUUGGUUUUAAAAUUUGCACCUUUAACGACGUCUCAAACAAAGUAAACCAGAUUGCUCAGGCGGUUAAAUCUGUAACACAGAUAUUCUGACGAUAAAUCUGAUUAUGAACAACCCUGAAUGUGAAGACAACAUACUUCCUUUUUCAGACUCUCCAAGUAAAUAAGAGACACUAUCAUGUCUGGAGGUAUAAAGAGCUCAUUAUGCUCAUUGUAAAACACACACACACACACAGACACACACAUUUAUGUAAAUAGCUAGCAUGUACGCUUUAAGAUGGUAAUCUGUUUAAUUGCUCAGGCUGUUGACUGGUGCACACACAUUAGUGAAGAGGCGUGGUGUUUAUCAGCGCUCGUGCCCUCUGGUGAUCAGCAGAGUGAAUUUAUGUCGGCUACUGCUCCCAAUUCAUUAGAGCUCGAUAUAUUAUCACUGCGCUGUUCGCUCCAUCACGGGCACAAUCAUUUAUUACAGCAGGUACAAGGACCUCUGGCAUCAUCAGAGAGGAGACGGCAGCGCUUUCUGUGUGAAUGUGAGUGUGUGUGUGUGUGUGAGUGUGUGUGUGUGUAGGGCAGAGAGUGACUUCAGUGUAAUUAUUCAGGAAAUGUGUGAAAACCCUGCAGAGGAUGAACCUGAUUAGUGGAAGUUCAGCAGAUGUUGUAACACUCUUUAACCUGGUCGAUUAAAACAAAUAUACAGAAAAAUGGAUCCAGAGACGACGCCAUCAGAGAGUCCAAGAACUCGACUAACCCCCAAAUUCCAACGCAUGCAGAACGGCGGCAAAAAGUCUAUCGGUGCUGAGCGCCACUGAUUGUUUCCAUUUAAGUUAAUGUGUCAAAUUUCACCGGCUUCUUUCCGGACGGCGCAGCAUGCCACAUAAAUUCAGCACAGAUUAACCCGUGCUGGGAAGGAAGUCGGGCACAGACACAAAAUCAGACAUCCGGCUUCUUUUCAAAAUAAAACACUCCGUGUUUCAUGUGGAUUGUAUUUCACACCACGCAAAUGUGGGCGGGGACGCACGAGUCAAAGGUUUUCAGACGUCAUUUCACCCCGAUGACGCCGUGGAUGGAGAGGAGAUGUUGAUUCUGGAAGUCCAAUAUCACGAAAUAUUCUACGACCCGUCUCAUCCCUCAUAUAAGGACAGUCAUAAACAGGAUAUGGCGCGGGAUUCCAGAGCUGAUCGUUAUCGCGUGAUUGCAUGUGAAUUCCCGGGUUCUUGUGAGUCCUUGUGAUUCUCGCUGUCUAAAAUUCGCCAUGAAAUUCGCCUCACAAACGCAUCCGGUAGGAUUUGACGGACGGUAAGAAGACAAAGAACUGGACUUUAGCUCAGUGGUCCAACAUCUCCAGAGUCAACACAGCCCAAGAUCCAUAAACCUGUUUUUCAUCGGGUGUUAUCGUGAACGGGUUCCUUCGAGUUUUACUGACGUCGCCUGUUACUUUGUUAUUCAGUCUGACAGGAUUUAACUCCGACUGUAAACCGGACAUGAACACCAACAUCAGAGCUGGACCCCUCUGAUGGUCCUGCAGUCCUGAUCUCUCUGACAGCAGGAGAGUCUAACCCGCCGUUAGAGAAGAUUUAAGCUCUUUAAAUUACACCUUUAGAUAAAAGUGUUGAAUUGACCAUCUGACAGAAACACAAAGAGAGAUCUUCACUCUGAAAAUAGAGAGUUGAAAUGAUUGACAGCUUCCCCGACCCUCACUUUAAAGGUCCUGCUGUGGUGGACUCACAUCAGGGCAGAACAAGCUGUGAGGACGGUGAGAAAGAAGAGUCCAGAAACACGUCCCAGUUUCAUUUGACUUUUGGUUAAAGCAAAUAUUGAACGUUUGUCUUCAUUCCUCCUCAGACUGAAAGAGAAACUUUCAUUAAACAUACAGAAACUUCUCUGAGUAUCUUUGUUCUGGAAGUGAAGCUGAAUUUCUCUCAGCUUAUAAAAAAAAGGAAAAUUACAUUUAGUUCAGAGAAUAAAUAUAACCUCAGAAUCCAAACAGGAGCUCUUUGAAGGCCUCACAUGAUGGACUCUUUAAUUUAGUGAAUAAAGGUCGGCUCGACGUUACUCAUCAGGGACUUUUCAUACUCCUAUUGUGCAAAUUUACCUGUAAUUUAACAACGAUCAGUCUGCACAGUUUUAAAGAAAGCAGUUUGACUCUCUGCUGCCCAGAUCUGCUCCGUGCACUCUAAUCCUGACACAUUUCUUGAUGAGCUGAAUGGAUGGAGAGGUCUUUGCUCUUCAAUACAAAGUCGAUUUAUAACAGAGGGGAUGAAUUUCACCAUUUAUAACGAGUAAGAAGCCACUUAGAUUAAAUUUCAGCCCAUGACCAUCUGAUCAUCUCCUCAGUUUCAGUCUCUCCCUGUAAUUUGAUCUAAUCUGGAAGUUCUUCAACGAUUUUUACUGCUAAUCCUUUUCUCAGAUUUAUUAGGACAGCAGUAUAAACAGCAGAAGAAGAGAGGUGAUAAAACGGAUCGAUGGGAAGCAACAACCGGCUCUUUAAAAGCCCGUAUCUGUAAUCUGGGCUUUUGUGGUUUAUUUGAAUUGCAGGUUUACGUGCUCAGAAAGGAGAAGAAGAGGAAAAACAGACAAAUCCAGAGUCUGUCAAUCAGAUGUGAAGCUUCUGUUUUCAGACCCGACAGGUUUAGGCGACAGGUGGUCAUUAUCAGGACUCGAUGCCAGCGGGAGACCGGAGAAUUCCUCUGCUGUUAAACUGGAUCUUUUUUCCUCUUCAGUUAAAAAACCUCCAGGUUUUAACGUCCGUGAGCGUGCCCUCAGAGUCUCUAGACCCGGACCAGACCCGGACUCGAUCCUGCGACCGGUCUGCAGUCCUCUCUGUUAGUGUUUUGUUAAAAACCAGGACUGUGCUCAUGUGGGUUUCUGUGUUUCAGGGUCGUAAACCGGGUUACUUCUCCUUCCUGGAUCCGUUCUCUCCGGCGGUCUGGCUCUUCAUGCUGCUGGCGUAUCUCGCUGUCAGCUGCGUCCUCUUCCUCGCCGCCAGGUAACACCCCUGCCUCUUCCUCUGUCUGUGUGUUUGUGUGUCUGUGUGUCGUUCACACCUAUAACUAACAGCUCAGCAGUUAAAACCCGAUCAGUGUGUCUCUGUGAAUUCAUCAUUAACACAUUUGGACAGACACAGAGUCAGAACCCGAGUCCACCUGAACUGGGUUUCAUGUGUGUUUCUGUUCCUUCAGACUCAGUCCGUACGAGUGGUACAACCCUCACCCGUGUCUGCGGGAGCGGCGGGACGUCCUGGAGAACCAGUACACUCUGGGGAACAGCUUGUGGUUCCCGGUGGGCGGCUUCAUGCAGCAGGGAUCGGAGAUAAUGCCCCGCGCUCUGUCCACGCGCUGCGUCAGCGGAGUCUGGUGCGUUUUCACGGCGAUCGCUCGCUCUUGAGGGUUUUUUUUUCUUUGGGGUUGUUGUUAGUAAAGAUGUUCAGUUGUCACUUUAUUUAACAGACGAAAUGUGAGCAGUGUAUAUUGUCCUCUCUCCUCGGGAACAUUAGGUGAACAUGAACAGAUGGUGAACCGGCUCUCAGGUGAAACUGAGGAUGUCAGUUUCAUUUCUCGUUUCCUUUCCGCUCCUCUGCCUCCUCCACCUCCUCUCCUCCUCUCGAGCUCCCAGUAGCUGCUGUCAGACAGAUGGUGGACUGAUACUGGAGGGACUGGACGGUUCAUCGGCAUCUUUUCUCUGACAGCUCUCGAGCUCGCCAGGCUGAUAAAAAGUCAUGAUGGCUGCGGCUCAAACCGAAAAAGAAAACCUUUUUCCUGAGUGGCUUGUUGGCGAGCGAGUCGGUCAGAUUGGAGUUGUUAAAAAGAAUCUGAUCACAUUUCAUUUGGAAACUCCUCAGUAAGGAGCGUAGUGAGCGGCUGUCCUAGAAGUCACUAGACUUUAUUAUCACCUAAUUUGCCUAAUUAUUCGUUUGCAUAUCAAGGUGAUUUAUCUUUGACACAUAAAAUUUAGCGUCUCGCCUUGUUGAAAGAUUCAACAGCGGUGGGUUCAGGAGGGAGGCGGACUGGAACCAGGGAGGAGGUAAAGAGUAAGAUCGAUGCGUGCGUUCACGUAGAUUUGUCGCUAGUCACUAUAGAGUUUUGAAAAGUCGCUAAGUUGUUCAUAAAAAUGUAAAACACAAGCGUACAUUGCACACUAUUAAAAAACUAACAUUGUCGUAUUAAAACCACACUCAUUAUUGCUUUAAAGAUCUGUGUUUUUGAAUUGUUGUGUAUGAAGCUCCUAAGACCUCAACCUCUAGUGGACAUUUGAGGAACUGCAGUUUUUUGCACUUCUGUUUCAGCGAUCAUACCUGCCAACACUCAGACUCGGUAUUUCAGACCUUUCUCCCAGAAUCUCCCGUAGUUUGAUGGUCCACGUUCAUUCAUGAAUCAGAUCACUAUAUUUGUUCAAAGUUUACAGACAAACGAAGAUUGUCGUGUGUUUCUGCUGAGCCUCACAGACUCCUGAUUGAUACUUUGACUUUACAGUUUGGGAUGAUUCAGGUCAAUUUAAGCUUUAAACUGUAUUGAAACAGUGUUUGUUGUAAAAUGAACAACCAAAAAUGAAAGGACACAAGCGUGAGAUCUAAUAUUUACGUUGAUAGUCUCGGAGUGAUGUGUUCAGGGCAGCCUCAGAUAAAAGAGUGCUGUAUUUCACACACAGAUGUUCAGAGAGACUCAUAGAGAGGAGCAUGUCAAACAUAUGAGGACUUUAACACUAAUAUUAGUGGACUAAAGAAGUUCAUUUCAUAGCAGUUUCUUUUUAUUAUCAUCUGUUAUUGUUAAAACAAUAAAGUGUGCAGCUUCACUUAGACUUAUUUGGAUGAGCAAUUUAAUUACAAAUACUCUCAUAAUGAGCUCAUAUUCACUAUACAAGGUCACACCAAAUCUCCCGGAUUGUAUAACCCGAAUGUUGGUAGAAAACUCUGGAGAUGAAACUGCAGUUCCAUGAGCGUCCACUAGAGGCUGUCCCCAAAACUGAAUCAUCCCCAUAGAGCUCAGUUUUAAAACAUCCAACUUUACAGCCGAAAUAAACAAGUUUACAGCCUGGUACAAAAAAUCUGUUUGGGUCAUUUUAUCUGCAGAAAUCCUGGUGUGGGAAUUUGAUGUUUGCUGAGUCGUCACUCCUCUUUCCAGUUUCCUGUGUGUCAAACUCAAACCAGCAGAGCUUAUGUUGAUUUUUUUUGUUUAGUGUAUUUUGAUCUGAUCAAAGGUGAUGAAAUGAAGGUUAAUUUUCACGCUUAUGGACAAACUCUCAGUGUCGUUUCCUCCUCCUCCUCUGCUCAUCAGUUCCUCCUCCUUUUUCCUCUUACUGUAAUCCCCUCGCUCAUCACCUCGUCUCAUUUCCUCUGUGGCGGAGGGAGGCGUCCUGCUCUCUCUGUUCAUGUUUAGGUUGAUGAUUUUUAGCUAAAAGUCCUGACGUUUCCUGCAGAGCGCUCCAUCUGUCUCCCUCCUAAUGAAAGGAGGAGUGAGGAGUGAAAGUUAGUCAGGGUGAAUAAAGGUUAAAGCUCUUCUUCCUCUCAGGUGGGCCUUCACCCUCAUCAUCAUCUCCUCCUACACGGCCAACUUGGCGGCUUUUCUCACCGUGCAGAGGAUGGAGGUCCCCAUCGAGUCUCCGGACGACCUGGCUGAUCAGACCAACAUCCAGUACGGGACCAUCCACGGAGGGUCCACCAUGACCUUCUUCAUGGUGAGACACGUGUGACCCAGAUUUCGCCUUAUUCAGCAGGUUUAUGUCGUUUUACAGUCAGACUGACCGUGUCUGUCUCCACCAGAACUCCCGGUACCAGACGUACCAGCGGAUGUGGAACUACAUGUACUCCAAGCAGCCCAGCGUGUUCGUGAAGAGCACAGAGGAGGGCAUCGCUCGCGUCAUCAACUCCAAGUACGCCUUCCUGAUGGAGAGCACCAUGAACGAGUAUUACCGCAGCCUCAACUGCAACCUGACGCAGAUCGGAGGGCUGCUGGACACCAAAGGAUACGGGAUCGGCAUGCCUCUGGGUAAGUCCAGAUUAGACUAACCCCCAAUCUUUACCGCAUCCAGAACGGCAGCGAUUUUCGCCGUCUGACAGUUCCUACUGGAUCUGUUUGUGAGGCGAAUUUCGUGGCGGAUUACGGACAGCAGGAAUCACAAGAACUCACAAGAACCUGCAAAUUCACGUCCAAUCACGCGAUAACAAGUUGUCUCUAUAAAGACAGACACAUAGACAUAUAAGCAGUAGAUUGUGUCCUUCCAGAGGAGGAAAUCUACUUCUAGACUUCUAGAAUCAGCAUCUCCUCAUCCAUGGUGUCAUCGGGGUGAAAUGACGUCUAAAAACUUUUCACUUGUUCGUCUCCACCCGUUUGCAUGGUGUGAAAUACGAUCCUCCUGAAACACAGAGUGUUUUAUUUUGAAAAGAAGCCGGAUGUUAAAGUCGAUUUCAAAGAUGCAAAAAUGAACCACAUGAAGACAGAAUCAAGCUGGCCGCCUCUCGUGGGAUUUUAUUUUAGUUACAGCAUCAAACACGACUCAUGACGAUCAGACUGACAGUAGAAGACCAAACAUCCCCAGAAUCCCCAGAACUGUUCCUUCUUAUACGACCCCAAUGGCGUCAUUAGUCGUAUUUCCCAUAAGCAGCCUUCACAUUGGUGUAGUGACUUCUUCUACUACAUGUUUUCCUUGCUUGCCGGCUCUGCCAAAUUUCCUCUCGAGACCAUAAACCAUUAUUAACCAUCAUUCAUGUGUGAAAGAGUUCACCAUGACCUGACCUCUCUGGCUGUUUCCUGUUUUGCAACAACUUUGUUCAAAACAUGUCUAUUAUUCGCUCCCACAGUGUUUUAUUUUGUGUCUGUGCCCGACUUCCUUUCCAGCACGAGUUAAUCUGUGCUGAAUUAAUCCGGCAUGCUCCGGCGUCCAGAAAAAAUAGAACUCUUACGAUCUGCAGCGGAACGGAAAGAAGCCGGUGGAAAUUGACACGUUAACUUGAAUGGUUACGAUCAGCUACGAUCGGAGGAUACGGCCUUUUAGCAGCUGUUCCAGAUACGGUGGAAAUUAGGGGUUAGACAACUGUGUGAUCUGGAAGUCUGGUCCUUAAAGGUACCAUUUUUUUGUACCUUUUAGUCAUUCAAACAAAAAAAUUCAAUCAAACCAAAUCACCUAAAAAAAGGUUUUAUGUGAAGGAAUGCAUCGGCCAAUGAGAGUCAAACAGUCCAAGCUCCAGAGCCAAUCAGGUCCCAGAUCUGAAAAUAGUGUGUAUCUUCUUCUGUGUUUAUGUGCAGUCUAACUGUGUGUAUUUCCUGGCAGUGCUACAUGGCGGCGGUGUCUCGGUGCCGCUCGGUUCUGCUCAGUUCUGUUUCAGCUGUUAUCCAGGUCAGAGUUUUUUCUGCAGCUGCUCCUCUUGGAAAAUUAAAUCCAUCCUGGGUCCAAUUUGGCGUCUGCCUGCUCCCGCCGGUGUCUGGCCUGGCCUCGCCGUCCGCCUCAGACUUGUUUCUGGUGAUAAGUGUGGGUGCAUAGAUUAGCAUGGUUAAUGUCGGAGGAGGAACAGAUGUGGGGGAGGAGAGGAGAGGGAGCGGAGGGACGACGGAGACUGAAAAUAAGAUGAGUUUUGGGAGAAUCGGCCUGUCAGUCAACCUGCCCGUUUAGUGAUUGUAAUAAAUCUGCAGAGUCACCCCGGCGCCCCUGGUCCUCAUCGUCUCUUAUGCUAACUGAUCUGACUGACAGACAGCGAUUAGCAUCAGCCGGAGAAUAAAGACCCACAGCUGCUUUACAGGCAGUCGCUCUCUUUCUGCUCUGGGAGAUGAGUUUUUUUUCCUGCAGCUGACAGUGAACAACUUUUAUAAACAUCUUAAAUCUAGUAUCAGGGUUUGUUUGAAUACUCUCUCUGGUCUUUUUUCAUGUAAACUAAAAAGAAAAUAGUUUUGGUAGAAGAAUAAAUGAUGACAAAGUGUCCUCUGGAUCAGAGCUGUACUCAACCAACCAAACUCUUGGUCGACUAAAACCCUGAAAUUGUCGACCAGAAGUCGACUAAGGCUACGUUCACACUGCAGGUCAAUUCUGAUCUUUUAACCAUAUGUGACACAUAUGGGAUUUUGUCAUGCAAGUGUGAACAGGUCAAUUCUGAUUGGUUCUAAUCCGACCCAGGCCUCUUUUGUAUGUGGAUAUAAAUCGGAUAUGUAUCGGAUGUGACUGCAGUGUGGACGCUCAGGUCGCGUUCAUCCGACCUAUACAUCAUCAAUAUUCGACAAACGUCACCAUCGUUCGACAACACAAACAGGCGCGGAAAGCAGUUUGUGCUUUGUGGGUCACUUCACAGAUGCCACAUUCGUUGUUGUAAUGUGAAAAGAUCGGAUUUAACAAAAAAUCUGAAUUGUGCAUCAGAACCUGCAGUGUGAACGUAGCCUAAUCCUUCUGCGGUGACGACGCGGCUCGGCAGGGUGAAAAUAUACUGAUAUCCACACAAGAAGGCAAUUAAACAUGAUGAAAGUUGAAACGCUCAAAAUAGAAUAUAAAUAUUCAUCAAACCACCGGAUGUUGAUUAUCGUAAACGCUCUUAAAUCGUCCUGUCUCCAGCCGGUCUCCAGUGGGUUGGGCAAAUCCAAAAUGGUGAAAACAAGGGGGGUGUUCUGAGACAGGCUGUUACCUGUGAAAUGGGGGUAUGCUGAAAACACCGCCAUUAGCAUUUGGUACGCUCCUCCUGAUGAAAUUAACCAUAGUCUGUAAAUUGUCAUGAGUCGACCAAUCAGAAUUUUGGUCGCAUGUUUCAACCAAUAAGUCGACGAGGAUUUUACAGCCCAACUGUGGAUAUCCUGACAGUAUGAAAAAAACAUCUGUAGAAGAACUUUAGGGAUAAACUUAUAUUUAAGAAGCGCCCUGGACAUCUUUUCAGGAUGUAAAGUGUAAAAAAAAAUGGUCUCUGGCACCUCUAGUGGAUGAAAUGUGAAAAUUGACCUCUGGAUAUUAGUUGAUGAAAAGUAAAAGGUUCCUCUGUAGUUCCUCUACAUGUGGAUAAAAUGUAAAAAGUACCAUCUGAAUAUCCUUCUGGUUUAUUAAAAGUAAAAGAAGAUCUUUCAAGUGUACAGACUGUUAAAAAACAAAAAGUUCCCUUUAUGGAAAAUAGAAAAACAGUCCUCGGUCUAAAAAAACAGCUUCUGGAUUCACUUCCAGCUUAUUUUCAAAGCUGGAAGUGAAAAAUGAGGAAAUUACCCGACUUCUUGGAAACUCUCCAGAGAAAAUGUUUGACUUCCAAGAGGAAAAGUUCCCAAAAAAAGUGCUUCUACCAUCUUUAAAGAGGCAAAAAGACAAGAAAGUCAGGAGGUGAAGGAUGAAUCACUCUGUGUCAGUAAAAUAUGGAGGAUCUGAGCGGUUAAAGUGUCAUCACUUUGUCGCAGACUUAUCUCCCUGCUGUCCGUCACUCUGUGAAAGUCAUCGUCACUUUUUAAUGGAAUAAGAAAGAAGAUGAAUGGAGCGGAGGACGAGGACACAGUCAGGGUGAAAGCUUCAUAAUUUACAGCUGCAGUGGACAAAAUAUUAAUGACAGGUACCAUAAAAUAUAACGGAGAGAGUAAAAUUACUUUAACAGUUCUCAAAUGUGGAUGUAAACAGCACAGAGGGCCGACAGGUAAAUACGGCCACAUCAUAAACCCAGUACCUCUCCUAUCAGAGACGUAAUAUUUACAUUAAUGGGAUUAAAAGUCGAAGCUAGUUUGAUUAAAAAAAACACCAUGAUCCACUUGCUGGAUGAGUGAAAAACUGCCUUGUUGCUCCACAGCGUCCAGGUGUAUUUAUUCCUAAACACGGCGCUUCACAGAGCUCAGGUGGAAAGAGAGAAUCUCCACAUCAGCGUGUUUGAUUUGUCCCAAAGACGCAGCUGCUGCUUCCUCCUUUUCUUUACUCUAAAUAUUUCUCCUCCGUUUAUCUGCACGUCUGUGUGUGUGUGUGUGUGUGUGUGUGUGUGUGUGUGUGUGUGUGUGUGUGUGUGUGUGUGUGUGUGUGUGUGUGUGUGUGUGUGUUCAUAGCUCCACGUGUUUAACAGCGCAGAGGUGAACUGUGGGGUUCACUUUGCUUUAUCCUCCCACUGAAACUCUGAAUAAACCGGAGCUGAAUGCCUGGACGCUCUUUCUUUAACUUGUACCGUGUCAGAAAUAUCAAUGAAUAGACGUACAAACUCUCCACCUGCAGAGGAAUCUUCUUUGACUAAAAUGUUGCUUCACGGCUUUUUGGAUGAAUAAGUUUCUCUAAAACCUGCAAAUAUCCUUCAGCAGUGAACACCGUGAGUGUUCAGGUGUCCUUUCUCCUGGGUGGUUCCUCCUUUCUUCGGUGUGGAGGGAAAACAGCGUCUAUGAUUUCAAAAAAGAAAGUCAAAUUUUGACACAUGCAUUGACUUCCACUACAGAGUCAUGUUAUUUUCAGAGCAGGUGUUUCUCUGUUUAGAAAGUUGAGAGAAGAGUCAAAAACAAACGCAUUAUCAGCUGUCUGCACGUCUUCCAGAGUCAAACGCCAACUUUAGACGGUUUGUCAGACUGAAUCUAUUUUUGUCGGGUAUUAAAGGUGGGGUAGUCAGGAUCUGAGUUAGUUCCAGUUUUUGGGGGAAAUCUUGAAUAUAAACUCUACCCCUCCCAACCGGUUUUCCCCUCAGCUCCUCCUCUCCCCUCAAGCCCCGCCCACAAACAGACGCUCCUGCUCGCUCGUAUCAUUCCAAUUAAAUUCAGAUAUGAUGCAGAUAAAUACUUUUUUCUUGCUUGUGUUUUCCAUACUUUCGAGUUGGUUUCUACUGUCCGGUAUUGUAGCACGCUAACUUUGUUUGGACUCAUGAACGUUGUUGAACGUUGGAGGAUGUGGAGCGUGCCUCACAACACGAGGAAGCAGCGUCUGCCUCACAACCAGUCAGGUUAGAAGAGGUGGAGAACGACUUUGUUUACAGUCAGAAAGAGCGGACCGCUCAAAAAUGUUCAAAUGUUGACGACACAGACGUAAGAUAACACAGAGAUAUCGUUAUAUUACCAAAUGUCAUUAAUAACUAAUAACUAUUGACUGAUAUUUAAAGUUUUUUUGUUUAUACACCACAAAAAAAGAUGCUUCUUUAACAGAUUCCUGCCUACUUCACCUCUAACCUUCAUCCGGAGACAGUUAGUAACUCGGUUCUUAUUUCUCCUCCGUCCAGGUUCUCCGUUUAGAGACGAGAUCACUCUGGGGAUCUUGCAGCUGCAGGAGAACAACAGGCUGGAGAUCCUGAAGAGACGCUGGUGGGAGGGGGGGCAGUGUCCGAAGGAGGAGGACCACCGAGCCAAAGGUGGGUGUCCUAGAUCAACAGAGACCCCCUAUUAGAGUACAGUGUUUUUCCGGACUGUGAUUUAACUUGUCUAUCUUCACACAUGAGGCGCACCGGAUUGUAAGGCGCAUUAAGCACUGAUUGGUUUCUCUUUGCUUGUGCGUUGUAAAUGACCCACAUUAUGUGCUGGUAUGGUCUGUCUUAUUUUGAAGGUAUUUUACGUCCUGUAAGUAAUAUAACAGAGACUGAUGCUCUUAUUUUGAAAGGGAAUUUCAACAAAGGUUAGUAGUCAACAAACAGUAAAACGAUACGUAAAGUCAGGAUUCACGAUCGCCAAUAACGAUCUCUUCAAGUUGUUUAAGGUUCCUGGUUGAUAGAGGUGUAAGGUUCAUACAUGCUCCUUUUCUUACACAAAUUAAUAUGAAGUAACUUUAUAACGUUUUUUUUUCGUUUAUUUUAUUCAUUAUAAACGUCUAUUGCUGCAUGAAAUGAUGCCUAAUAAUGUCUUAGAUGAUAUUUGGUUUAUAAGACAGGUGAAUUAAUGUGUUAGUUUAAGUUGAUCCGAACUACAGGGGUUGGACGAUGAAACUGAAACGCCUGGUUUUAGACCACAAUACUUCAUUAGUAUGGUGUAGAACCUCCUUUUGCAGCUGAUACAGCAUCAGUUCGUCUUGGGAAUGACAGAUACAAGUCCUGCACAGUGGCCAGAGGGAUUUUGAGCCAUUCUUCUGGCAGAAUAGUGUCCAGGUCAUGUUGGUAAACUGUGCAGAGGUGAUGUGCUAACUUAUACGAGGGUCUACAACGGUCAAUCCAGUGUUGAUGUUGAUGGCGCUCAAGAAGAAGUCAGCAGGAUUGUGACAUGAGAUUAUAAUCCACUAACAGAUGCUGCAGUAACACAAAUAUCAUCAGGGCUCCAGUGCAGACAAUGUAAAGGAUUUUUGAAUCAUUUCAUCUUAUUUUUUCAUUUCUGACUCGUUUCAAGCUGAAAAGCUCCAGCCUGACAGACCUGCAAUCAUUUCAUCAUCUCAGACGUCAUGUUUCUCUGCCUCUGUCUGUCUUUCAUCGGCGCCGACAUCGAUCAGCUGGACUGAAUCUUUGCCUCAAUGUUUCCAGUAUUGACCCGUGUUUGUUUUUCCUCCCUGUGUGCAACAAGACGAGGCGCGAGGAAGUGUGUGUGUGUGUGUGUGUGUGUGUGUGUGUGUGUGUUCAUCAUCGACUGUCUCGCUCAGAUCAUGUUUUUAGGAGUCGGUCAUUAUGGGAAUGUGAGUCCUGUCUGAGCAUCGAUCAGCUGCUCUCUGUCAAGCUCUCUACAGCUUUUUCUCAUUCCCAGAGCUCGGGGGAAAUAAGGUCACACAGUAUGGUUAUCAGUGUGUGUGUGUGUGUGUGUGUUUGUGUGAGGGAGUUUGUUUAAGGGUGUGUGUGCAGCCUGAGAAAAUCAAGCCAUUAAGAUCCCGUUAAGACCCAUUAAGGCUAAUCAAGUGUCUCUUUGUUGCUGAUUGUAUAGUGUAGCUACUCUGUGUACUUUGUGUACUGUGUGUGUGUGUGUGUGUGUGUGUGUGUGUGUGUGUGUGUGUGUGUGUGUGUGUGUGUGUGUGUGUGUGUGUGUGUGUGUUGUUUGCAAAGACAGAAAAACGCUCCCAUAAGGAGGCGUUUUAGUCCUUUCCUGUAGAAGCUGCAGAGGAGGUUAUGAGCUCACAUAUCACCAUCUAGUUUUUCUCGUCUUAUACAAACAGAGAAGUCGUGUUUCUUUAACCUCGUGAAUAUUUUGAAUGAGUGUGUAUGUGGUUUCCAGCCUCUAGUGGACGCUAAGGGAACUGCAGUCAGUCUCACUUCUGCCUGAGUUGGUUUGUGAAGGUAAACUAGAUCCUCCAUCAAACCUCUCUUCUUCUUUGUGUCGUUUCCGUCUCGCUCUUCAGGUCUCGGGAUGGAAAACAUUGGAGGGAUUUUCGUGGUCCUGAUCUGCGGUCUCAUCAUCGCCGUCUUCGUGGCCAUCAUGGAGUUUGUGUGGUCGACACGCCGCACCGCAGAGACGGACGAGGUAAACCCACAUCAUCAUCCUCCACCUACUCCUCUUCCUCUCUCGUCCUCCUCCUCCUGCCCCGCCCCCGGCCUCAGCCUCAGCUCAAACUCCUCAGUAGGUCAUCCGCCUGUGUGUGCGUCUGUGUGUGUCAGUGUGUGUGUGUGUGUGUGCGCACUGACAGAUGAUGAUCAGAAUGUGCUUAAUACAAAAAUUCAUCCUUAACCCAACUUUACGACUCCAUUAUUUAACUCUAUUGAACUAUUUAAAUGUGAUUUUUUUAUUAUUUUUUUUAAUGGUUUCAGGUAUUUGUACUUAACCAAAGUGUUUCUCUAUGUCUGAAUUCUACAUGCAACGCUGAACCGUUUAGUGCAGCAUCUAGUUUCCAUCUGCUAUAUUCCUCUCUGUUUGUCUAUGCGCCUCCAAGUUCACUAACUGGGAGGAGUCUGAACUAAAUAUCCAAUCAGAGCUGCAGGCAGACUCACUGCAGUCCCAGCCAAUGAAUAGAGCCAUUAUGGUGGGUACUGCCCCCUACUGGUAACAAGAUAGUAGAACAAUAUAUCAGAGCGAGACCUCAGGCCAGUCUAUUAGGGACUACAGCAGGGUGCCGCAGCUCAAGGAACAUUUAUGAUCUUGUAUGAAUGUUCUUCCUUGAGCUGCAGCACCCCGCUGUAGUCCGUAAUGGACUGGUCUGAGGUCUCACUACAAACAAGCGGCUGCUGGAAGAGAGUAGGUGAGUUGUGUUUAGUCUCUUUGUUAAAGAAAUGAGUCAAAGUUAAAAAGAUGUUUGGUGUCUAGUACUAUGUCUGUGACCCUAUAUGUCCUGUUGAUGAAGUUAGGUGCUGUUCUGAGCAUUAUUUGUGGCUAUAGAGUGGCGUUUUGGUUGAGCGCGUGUCUCUCUGUAUUACUAUCCUGCGGUCGUUACUAAAGUUGGUAUAACUAGAGAAGCAAGCGGUCGGCAACAUUAAUCUCUGGAGGGGGGUCUAACUCGGUGUUACGGUGGGUUUGACCCUAAAUUUUAUGCUGGAAUAUCCCUUUAAAGCAACAAGCAGCAAUUUUUCAAAGUUGUUGGUGUGUUUCUGUUGUUGUGAGUCUGUUCGUCAACCUCCCUUUCUCUCUCUCUCUCUCUCUCUCUCUCUCUCUCUCUCUCUCUCUCUCUCUCUCUCUCUCUCAGGUGUCCGUUUGUCAGGAGAUGCUCACCGAGUUCAGGAACGCCGUCUCCUGUAAGAAAAGCUCCCGUUCUCGCCGGCGCCGCCCUCUGAGCAGCGCUGGAGGCGGAGUCCUGCGUCACCCGUCCCGCCUUGCCUUGGCUGCCCCUCGCCCGAUCCGCCUGGUCCGCGACAUGCGCCUCAGUAACGGUAAACUGUACAGCGGGGCGGGCCCUCUGACAGGGAGGCCACCGGGGCUUGGUCUAGGAGGAGGCCCUGAUCUGGGCCCAGGGCCCCAGAGGCUCAUGGAGGACCCGCUCGGCGCUAACGCCACCAAUAAUCCUGCAUCAGCCCUGGUGGCUCCGCCCGCCCCGCCACGCAGCUUCCUGCAGGCCUGCAGUCACGUGAGGAUCUGUCAGGAGUGCCGACGGAUCCAGAGCCUCCGACCUGCCACCCUGACUCCUCCCCCUCCCCCUCCACCCUCCUCCUCCUCCUCCGCCUCUUCCUGCUCCCGGAUCCCCCCAUCUGUGCCGACGCCAGGUCACCAACGCCAGAACCCCCACCACCACCUCCACUACCACCACGGCUCCAUGUCCCUGCCCCGCCUCCCCCCUCCGCCUCCUCCAAUCCCAGCAGACAGAGCCGACAGUGACGGAGGCGGAGGGGUGGGGAGUCCACGGCGAGCCAACACCAAACCGCCGCCACCGCCUCGGCCGCUCCCCCCUCCAAAGACGCCAACACGCCCACCGACAGACUUAAUGGGGGGGCACGACUGA